AUGAACAAGACACCUGAUGUGGAUUCAACCAGCGGCAGUGGUCAUGGAAUUCCCGACAACACGGAAGCCACAGACACAGAUGCCACUCAUAUCUGCGACUCUGCAACAGACCCUGUGGAUCAACAGGACAUCCAGCCCCACUGCGUCCCAACCAGGCCGCAGGAGCGGAGUGACACCUCACCUAGCCACAUGAAAGACCCAUUGCAGAACCUUCAUAGCGACGCUUCGGCCGGACACUCUGACCAGGAUGAGAGACCUGCAGGUGACUACGGAGCAGAACGUUCAGGGCUACCGACUGUCUGCACUUCCUACACAGACAUCGGCAAAACUGAACAGAACCAGGCACUGUACAAUAGCACUGAAGAGCCUACAGUAGAGCCUACAGUCUACAGUUUAGAUCCACGCUUGGACCAAGCUGAACAGGAACAGGCGCUAUACGUUGGUAACCCGCACGUAGAAGCAGAAGAGCUCUCGCCUGAAGACAUCUACAAUACCGAAGGUUACAACGCGGAUAACGCAGUGCAAUACCAGCAGAGUGAUUGUCGCAAACAGGCAUCGGCCACUGUGUAUCAGUGCAGUGGAGAUUCCGAUGUUGCCAAUGUGGACCGUCCACGUGUCGAAACUGAUGAUGCAAACGGAGAAGAAAAAGACUCUGACAAGUGUGAAGCUCGAUCAGAGCCUGUCGUCACACCAUUGACGGAUGUUGAAAAUUCCGAUCAGAACAAAUCAGAGGAUAAAGGCAAUGCAGACGAUGAGUAUAUCCGCCCGUACGCAGUCGCGAACCAGCGGUACGGCCACACAAACGGCGGAGGAGACGGAGACUUUGACAUCCAACCGUACGCCGUGGCGUAUGACGAACAGGAAGGACAUUAUGAGAACGAUACACCGACUGGCCGUUCUGUCUGUGGACAACUUACCGCCGGCUCCGUGACUGUUGGCAGCAAUCAGGUCGGACUGCUCCCCAACCCCAUGUACAGCGGAAAUGCGUUACAACCAAACCCCAUGUACAGUGGAAAUGCGUUACAACCAAACCCCAUGUACAGCGGGAACGGUCUACGCUCGAACCCCAUGUACGCCCCAAAUGUUGCGCAACCAAGGGCAGGUGGAGGUUGUAGGUGUGUUGUAACCCGGUCUUGCCUUGCCGGUGUCAUCACUACGUGCGUGGUCGUGGCGACACUGGCGGUCCUAGCGGCUCUCUUACUAGCGACCUUCAUGACGGGGGAGCAGACAUGGGCAGACCGCAGCGUCACGGGUAAACCCACACAGGACGUAACCCAGUAUGCUGAUCGUCCGACAUCUCCGCAAACUAAAGACGACGAAAAUGAAGAUCUCAAACAAACGAGGAUUGUCUUCGGCGGAGAAGGGGAAGAGCCGGGCCAGUUCUCCUAUCCCAGUGCUGUCAUCGUGUCGCCUAGCAACGAGUUGUUUGUGGCUGACUUCCACAACAGGCGAGUCCAAGUGUUCAGCAUGAGGGGGGUGUACCUCCGCCAUUUCUCGGCCGUCGUAGGGGAGGGGUUCGGGACGAUAGAACCCGAGGACAUCGCUAUAGACGGGGAGGGGCACCUGUGGGUGUAUGGGAAUACAGACGACCUGUUGGAUACCGGGUAUAUCAUUAGGUACACGAAAACGGGGCACCGCCUGACAACGCUCCAUCCGACGUUCGCUAACAAUUCCUUCUGCGGUGUCGCGGUGGACUCUCGGCGUCGUCUCGUCGUGGCGACGGAGUUCUGGGCUGAUUACGGUGAAGUGAAGCUUCUGCAUUUUAACGGCAGUGUCCUGCGCAGGUUCCGAGUGCAGCAUAGCUCCGGGUACCCUGGGUUAGUCGCCGUGGGGAGGGAGGGAAACCUGUUUGUGUGCGACCACUGGGGGGACACACGUGUGCAUGUCUAUAACAACACUGGCCACUAUCUCUUCAGUUUUGGGGGUGAGGAAAUCUCGAAACUCGGUGGGGACCAGGGGAGAACUGUUGGAGGGGCGAGAGUCGUGGCGACGGGAGUCUGUACGGACGGUUCGGGGAACGUCCUGGUGGCUGUCGGGGCCGGCGGGAACGUGGAAAAGUUUACGGAAGACGGGCGGUACGUCCGCCGGGUUGUGUCCGGCAGGUUCCGGGCAGACAGCGUGGCAGUGGCCCCGGGCGGGCAGCUGGUGGUCGCGGAUUCUGAGAACAGUACCGUCACUAUAUUCUCACACUAUUGA